AUGACUGCGGCGGCCGGGCACUUGGAAGGCCUGGCCUUGGGUUUCCCGGUGGGUGGAGGUGGCAUUUGCCUGAAGCAACCUCACUGUGGUCACCAGCCCGAGCGGCCUCCUCCAGCGGCCUCCUCCAGCGGCCUCCUCCAGCGGCCUCCUCCAGCGGCCUCCUCCAGCGGCCUCCUCCAGCGGCCUCCGAAUUGCGAAGGGCAGAAUAUCCGAUACAAGACGUGCAGCAAUCAGGACUGCCCCGCCGACGCCGAGGACUUCAGAGCCCAGCAGUGCUCCGCGUACAACGACGUCCAGUACCAGGGGCACUUCUACGAGUGGCUCCCGCGGUACAACGACCCCGUGGCCCCCUGCGCGCUCCAGUGCCACACGCGGGGCCGGAGCCUGGUCGUGGAGCUGGCGCCCAAAGUCCUCGACGGGACUCGCUGCCACACGGACUCGCUGGACAUGUGCAUCAGCGGCGUCUGCCAGGCCGUGGGCUGCGACCGGCAGCUGGGCAGCGGGGCCAAGGAGGACAACUGUGGCGUCUGCGCGGGCGACGGCUCCACCUGCAGGCUGGUCCGGGGCCAGGCCAAGUCCCACCUGUCUCCCGAGAAAAGAGAGGAGACCGUGAUCGCUGUGCCCCUGGGAAGCCUCCGGGUGAGGAUCACGGCGAAAGGACCAGCCCACCUCUUUAUUGAAUCAAAAACACUUCAAGGAAACAAAGGAGAACACAGCUUCAGCAGCCCGGGAAUCUUUACCAUCGAGAACACAACUGUGGAGUUUCAGAAGAGCGCAGAGAGGCAAACCUUUAAGAUCGCUGGUCCUCUGAUGGCCGACUUCAUCUUCAAGACCAGGUACACAGUGGCCAAGGACAGCACCGUCCAGUUCUUCUUUUACCAGCCCAUCAGUCACCAGUGGAGACAGACCGACUUUUUCCCCUGCACCGUGACGUGUGGAGGAGGCUACCAGCUCAACUCUGCCGAGUGCGUGGACGUCCGCUUGAGGAGAGUGGUUCCCGACCACUACUGCCACUACUACCCCGAGAACGUCAAGCCCAAGCCGAAGCUGAAGGAGUGCGGCAUGGACCCCUGCCCGUCCAGUGAUGGAUUUAAGGAGAUCAUGCCCUAUGACCACUUCCAGCCCCUGCCCCGCUGGGAGCACAACCCCUGGACGGCAUGCUCCGUGUCCUGCGGGGGCGGGACCCAGCGGCGGAGCUUCGUGUGCGUGGAGGAGUCGCUGCACGCCGAGGUCCUGCAGGUGGAGGAGUGGAAGUGCAUGUACGCGCCCAAGCCCAAGGUGAUGCAGACCUGCAACCUCUUCGACUGCCCCAAGUGGGUCGCCAUGGACUGGUCUGAGUGCACGGUGACCUGCGGGCGAGGCCUGCGCUACAGAGUCGUGCUGUGCGUCAGCCACCGCGGCCAGCACGUGGGCGGCUGCAGCCCACAGCUGAAGCCGCACAUCAAGGAGGACUGCGUGGUGCCCGUGCCCUGCCACAAACCCCGAGAAAGAGAUCCAGGGGGGGCUGCGCUGCCGUGGUUGAAGCAAGCCCAGGAGCGAGAGGAGAUGAGGAUAGUGACCGAGGACCCCACGUUCGUCCCGGGCCCCUGGUCAGCCUGCAGUGCUACGUGCGGCCCCGGCGUGCAGGUGCGCGAGGUGAAGUGCCGAGCGCUCCUCGCGUUCACGCGGGCUGAGACCGAGCUGCCAGCCGAGGAGUGCGAGGGGCCCCGGCUGCCCACGGAGCGGCCCUGCCUGCUACAGCCCUGCGGCCCGGACCCUGCGGCCCCGGAGCCCAGCGGUGCUCCGCAGGACGGCGAGACCACCUACGGCUGGGAAUAUGCCGGCUUCACCCCGUGCACGGCCACAUGCCUGGGAGGCCUCCAGGAAGCCAUAGCCGUGUGCUUACACAUGCAGACCCAGCAGGCGGUCAACGACAGCUUGUGUGACCAGGUCCACCGUCCCCCCGCCAUGAGCCAGGCGUGCAACACGGGGCCCUGCCCGCCCAGGUUGGAGUCCAGGUUUCAAAGUCCCCUGGAAUCCGGGAGGCCUGGGGAGGUGCACCCUGAUUUCCCCCGAGCGUGGCGCGUGGCUCUGCCAGGCUCGGGGACGGGCAGCCCGCAUGGCACCGGCACCGUCCUGUGGAAUAACGAGCAGGAACGCCCUGAGGUUUCCAGAAUGUGCAGGAGGUUCAUGCUCCAGGCAGAGAUGAAGCCAGAGACAAAGCCAAGACUUAGUGGUCGGGGCCCUGAGAUUCUCAGCGUGCGAAGGAUCUACAUCCAGACCCGGGAGGAGAAGCAGAUCAACCUGACGGUGGGGAGCCGGGCUUACCUGCUGCCCAACACAUCCGUGAUCAUCAGGUGCCCCGUGCGCCGAUUCCAGAAGUCUCUGAUCAGGUGGGAGAAGGGUGGCCGUUGUCUGCAGAGCUCCAGACAGCUGCGGGUGACAAAGUCAGGCUCCCUGAAGAUCCCCCGGCUCGCAGCUGCCGACAUCGGUGUGUACCGGUGCCUCGCGGGCCCGGCUCAGGAAACAGUGGUUCUCAAGCUUAUCGGCACGGACAACCGGCUCGUGGCACACCCAGCUGUCCGAGAACAUGCCCGGGACCCUUCCGGGGCGGACCCCGGGGAAGCCAAUAGCUUGGGUGCCGUGUGGCAGAAAAUGCAGCAACUGUGGAGUCUCAAAGAUGAGCUUUACCCGCCCGAUGGCCAGAUGGACCGCCCGGCUUUCUUCUCGAGAGCUCUGUCGGGCCCCUGCAGCCGUGGUUCUCCAGGCAGCGGCGGUCCCGGCGGCGACGCCCCCUCAGGCCUUGAGCCCAGGCAGUUCGAAGCAGCGGCGCAGCAGGGAGCCCACAGCCUGGACAUGGCCCAGUUUGAGGAGCUGAUAAAGAACCUGAGUCGGCUGCUGGAGACAGGAGAGAUCAGCAGGGAUCUGGCGUCCCAGGUGAUACACCAGCUGGCGGCCGAGCUGGUUCAGGUGCAGCCCGCACCCGUGCCCAAGAGCCGUGGGGACGAGGAGAUCCUGAACACCCGGCCCGGAGACCCGGCAGGAGACGGACCCCCGAGCUCCGCGGGGCCCCGCCCGGGCAGGCGGCCCGUGCUCCUAAGGCAGACACAGCCCUCCGCCAUCUCCUUCAAUACAACCAUCACCGCCCAGGUCGGAAACACCGUGUACAUCACAAACAAGACGGAGACCAUCCACAUCCUGUGCGGCCUGCGGGUCCCCACCCACGCCACGUACACGUGGACUAAGGACGGGGAGCUGCUGCGGCCCACGGCAGGGAUAGUCGUGGAUGGAGCCGGGAGGAUACAGAUCAGGAACCCAACCAGGAGGGAGCAGGGAAUCUACCAGUGCUCCGUGGCCAGUCCUCUGGGCUCGGACGCGGGGAGCUCCUCUGUGCUCUGGGCAGCGGCGCCUGUCAUCUCCUCUGUUGAAAGAAACGUCACCAAACCAGAGCAAAGUCACCUCUCAGCCGUGGUGGGCAGUACCGUGGAGGCCGCCCCGGGGGCAGACGUGACCCUGCAGUGUCCCGUGGGAGGAGUCCCCACGCCCGCCAUAGCGUGGCUGAAGAGAGGAGGACCCCUGGGCGACAGCGCUUCCUUGCUUCCCCGCGGCUCCUUGUUGUUACGGAAUGUCUCGCUUGAACAUGAAGGAACCUACGUGUGCACAGCCGCCAACGCCCUGGGCCAGGCAGAGGCUACCUCUGUGCUCCACCUGCUGGAGCGAAGAUGGCCAGGCAGCGAUGCUGUGUCUCCUAAAGACCAUCAGAAGGGAGAUCCCUGGGCCUCCACACCUGGACCCAACAGCAGUGACCCGACAGGACCCCUGCCUCAAGAGCCUGUUUGGGAGCCUGGUCCCUGGACGCCCUGCCCCACCGCCUGCGGCCCCCCGGGCGCCCGCAUUCAGAGGCCCCGGUGUGUGGGGGCCAGCGGGCAGGAAGUGAGCGAGGCCCUCUGUGCACACCGCCAGAAGCCGCGGGCAGGGUUUCAGCCCUGUGAGGCCCAGGGCUGCCCGGCCAGGUGGUUCACCAGCGCGUGGUCAGCGUGCUCGGUGCCGUGUGGCCGCGGCUUCCACAGCCGGCAGGUGACCUGCAAGAGGAGGAGAGCCGACGGCACGGUUGAGCCUGCGCCGCCCCACGAGUGUGCCUCCAGCGCCCGGCCCCGGGGGAGGAGGCCGUGUCCGAACCGCCCAUGUGACCGACAGUGUCCGGCACGCUGCACGGGCCGCGCCGGCCGGGGGCAGCCGCGCCGUCCUGCGUGUGGCCCGGGGCCGGACUGUGACUCCAGGAAGAGGUACGGCUGCGGGGCAGCACAGGGCGAAUCCCUCCCGCCCCUGCGGCCUCCCGUGACGCGUGUCAGCGCGCUCCUCACUAGAAUACGUGAGCGACUACUGCUGCGAGACACGGCUCGGGCCGCCUCGGUCAUCCUCCCUGGCAGGGGCCGGGCAGAGGCCCUGUGUCCACAAAGGCGGCACUACCCUCCAGGGCGGACACCACCGCGCAAGUCAGAACACUGA